UAAUGAACUUGUCAAAAUAAAAUAACAGAAAAAUUAUGAUUUAAAUGUAGGUAAAUGUAGGAAAAUUUGCAUGUUAAUAUCGAAAAUAAAUUUGCAAUAACACUUUAUCAAUAUGAGCAAUAAACUCGAUCCAUACGAUUGGUACUCUCAAAAAGAGUACCGUGAUAAGUUAAUGCUUGAUAGACAAUUAAUGUUCCAAUAUUCAGCGAAUGCUACUAAAAAAGGUUUUCGUAAAAAAUUAGUACAACCAAUAAUGAUACCACCAAAUCCAAUAAAAAAGCAUGCAACACCUGGAGAUUAUUAUGGAUGUUUUUCAAAAUAUCAACAAUUUAAUUUUACAAAAUUAAAAAAACCAUGCAAAGUGAAGAAUAAAACUAAAAUAGAGCAACCACAGUUUAUUGUGUCACAUCCAACGGAUUAUUUUUCACCAUAUCCUAAAGCUAUGAGUCCUGCUUUUCGAAAAGAAAAAAAAAUUAGUAAAAGGAAGAUUAAAAACUAUAGAUUCAUCUAA